CCCCCGCGGAGGGGGCUCAGCACACUUUUUCUUUUGUUGUGAUGAAAUUCAUGAAUGAACGGACAGUGCAACAAUGAUAUGCUGUCAGAAAGGUUCUUUCAGAAGCUCUAUUCCCUCAGCGAGGUCCGCGGGUGGUGAGGGGGAAGGAUUCUCCUCCUGGCGCGGCCUCUGACAUUAGUGCAAGAUAACGCCCUCCCCGCCCAUCUUCUGGACUCCAGGCCAGGAGAACCCACUUUUAACAGAACAAGUUUAAAACCAAGUCAGCAACCCGUCAAAAGCACUUGUUCAUGAGUGCGUUUUAUCUGCCCGACGGCUGCACUUCUCAGGGACCUGAGGGGCCUGGUGCUGAUGCUGAGGUGCUGGUUGAUGCUGCCGAGAUCCACACCAGGAGCCUUCCCAGGCGGGAUGCUCUGCGGCGCACAAGGCGUGUCUCUUACCUGGGCUUAACUCUGACAGUCCUGGGAAGUCAUAGCCUUCCCUACUUUUCCUACGGAGCAGUGAGAGCUCUCGGAGCUUAUGAAACUCGCCCUGGUUUGCAGGCUGGGAACAACAGAGGGGAAGUCACUCUGGGCACCCUGAACUGCAGGUUGAUGCUCUUUGAACUUCGCGUUGCAUUUACUCUGAGUAAACCAGGAGACUCGACUAACAGAUGGCGCAACCCAGGCUGCAUGUUACGGGACUUCUAAGAGUGGGAGAAAGACUAUGAUAGCCAAAUAAUGAUUCGAGACUAAGAGGAAGAGGAAAAAGCACCAUUCAGCAAGGAGCCUCCUCAUUCCUGAGCAGAUGAGGAAAUGGAUGGGGACAGAAUUGAGGGAGUGACUGGGGAUAUCCAGCAGCCUGACUUCCUUAUGAAAUCCUGUCCUCCUAAAGCAGAGCAGGAGCGCACCCAGAAAUCAGAUAGAAGCUGGUCGUGGUCUCAGAGAUUCAGGGAAGAGGGACGCCCCACCACUAAGCAAGGCAUUGUUGCCAGAGGAGCUAGAUGGACCAGAAGCCGACCUCCAGGAAAGGGCCAGAUUUCUGUUCACUGCGCUACGGGCUGGCUCUCAUCAUGCAUUUCUCAAACUUCACCAUGAUAACCCAGCGGGUCAGUCUGAGCAUCGCCAUCAUCGCCAUGGUGAAUGGCACCCAGCAGCAUGGUCCAUCCAAUGCCUCCACCCAGGGGCCUCUGGCAGACACCCUCCACAACCCAGGCAGAUCCGCCAGGGAAUUUAAUACUAGGGCCUCUGUGUAUCAGUGGAGCCCAGAGACUCAGGGCAUCAUCUUUAGCUCCAUCAGCUACGGGAUCAUCCUGACUCUGAUCCCAAGUGGAUAUUUGGCGGGGAUCUUUGGAGCAAAGCAGAUGCUGGGUGCCGGUUUGCUCAUCUCUUCCCUUCUCACCCUCUUCACCCCGCUGGCUGCUGAUGUCGGAGUGAUCCUGGUCAUUGUGGUCCGGACAGUCCAGGGCAUGGCCCAGGGAAUGGCGUGGACAGGCCAGUUCACAAUCUGGGCCAAGUGGGCUCCUCCACUGGAACGAAGCAAGCUCACCAGCAUUGCGGGCUCUGGGGCAGCGUUUGGAUCCUUCUUCAUCCUCUGUGUCGGGGGAUUGAUCUCCCAGGCACUGGGCUGGCCUUUUAUCUUCUACAUCUUUGGUAGCAUUGGCUGUGUCUGCUGUCUCCUGUGGUUCACGGUGAUUUAUGAUGACCCUACGCAUCACCCGUGCAUAAGUGUCAGGGAAAAGGAGCACAUCGUGUCCUCUCUGGCCCAGCAGCCCAGUUCUCCUAGACGAUCUGUCCCCAUAAAGGCUAUGGUCAGAUGCCUGCCGCUUUGGGCCAUUUUCACGGGAUUUUUCAGCCAUUUCUGGCUGUGCACCAUCAUCCUAACGUACCUGCCCACCUACAUCAGCACUGUGCUCCAUGUCAACAUCAGAGAGAGUGGGGUUCUGUCCUCCCUGCCCUUUAUUGCAGCCUCAAGCUGUACAAUUUUAGGAGGUCAGUUGGCAGAUUUCCUUCUGUCCAGGAAACUCCUCAGCCUCAUUGCCGUGCGGAAACUCUUCUCGUCCCUGGGGCUCCUCCUUCCAUCACUGUGUGCGGUGGCCCUGCCCUUCGUGGCCUCCAGUUACACCAUGACCAUCGCUUUGCUGAUACUCAUUCCUGGGACCAGCAACCUGUGUGACUCGGGCUUCAUCAUCAACACCCUGGAUAUUGCCCCCAGAUACGCAAGCUUCCUCAUGGGGAUCUCAAGGGGAUUCGGCCUUAUUGCAGGAAUUGUCUCCUCCACGGCCACCGGAUUCCUUAUCAGUCAGGAUUCUGAGUCUGGAUGGAAGAAUGUAUUUUUCUUGUCUGCUGCGGUCAACAUGUUUGGUCUGAUCUUUUACCUCACAUUUGGACGAGCAGAAAUCCAGGAGUGGGCCAAAGAAAGAACUCUCACUCGCCUCUGAGGAAGUGGAGCUGCACACUUAACUGUAGUACUGACUCUUGGCUUUUUGACAUUUUUUACUUAUCACCAUUCUUUCUUUACAUUCCUGACCAUAGACAUGGAGGAUCUCAACUCUGGCUGAGUGUUCUGCCCUCUUAGGGAGCCUUCAACCAUAUUCUGGUGCCUGGGGCCUCCUCCAGAGAUUCCAAAGGAAUUGGCCUAGGGUGGAGCCCAGAUACCACUAAUUGUUAGACUCCCAGGAAUUUCAACAUGCAGCAUCUGUAUUGACAAUUGCUGAACAAGGCUGAGAAGUCAAUUCCUGUUGCUUUCAAAUUUUCCUCUUUGGGAAGUACUAGAUAAAUAAAAUCUAUGUGAAAAUAA